GGAUAGACUCCAGAUCUAGUCGUCGUGACGUUGGACUAGUAGUUUGAACUAGCGAAGACAGUUUGACGAAAGAGUGCUAAGAUGGGAAGAUUUGCGUCGUUGAUUCUACUGCUAGCAGCUUUCGUUGGAUGCCAUUCGGCACCAGCCAGCACCAUCAUCCAUCCGGCUCAGUACUAUCUGCUGCAGCCCCAGCCAACGACCCUCAAAAUUCAACCGCAUCUGAUUCAACCGAUCCAGCAGCUUAAAAUCCAGCCAAAACAACAGCUGAUCUACUACUACCCAUCGAUUCCACUGGGCGGUCAAAUCCACGACAAACCCCUACAGCUAAUUACCCUCAAGGAGGAGGAGACACCCUGGUGGCAGGGAUUCGUUAACUUCUUCCAGCCACCAAACUCGGAGAAACCAGCCGAAUCUCCGGAACCCAGCCCCGAGGCUCCAGCUGAGGCAGAAUCGAUGAAGAAGCAACAAACGUUCAUGAUUCCGGCCGAUGCCGAACAGCUUCCGUCCAAGGCGGGAGUCCAAUACAGUCCACAACCGCAAGGUCAUCGAUACUACAUCCUAUCCGGUACGCCCCAGUUCUAUGGAAAUUUUGAUGCCCUGCAGAACCCACUGAGUCCUGUCUUUAGUCUGCAGCCUUUGCAAGCCAUUCAUGCUCGUGCCAAUUCAGGCAUCCUAGCCGAGGCUGAACAUCAACGACUGCAGCCCCAGAUUGUGACAUCAGUUGCUCCGAUUGCACCUGUUCCGGCUCUGGUUCCUGCUCAGCUGAAGAACGAUCUGCUUGAGUCCCAUCCAGACAAAGUUCCUGCCGGCGACCGUACCUGGGCACGCUCUUUGGAUGAAGAACCAGCUCCGGAACCACAGCAGCAGGAGUUGCCACAGGUUCAGGGCCGUUCACAGCUAGAUGAACCAAGCGAUCCAAUGCCACCGCAAUCCGAAGUCGAGGAGCGACAACAAGAUGACGAGGAAACUUCUCGAGCAUCGAAAGAUCCAUCUGUUGCUGCAGUUAAACCUGGAGCGCUGGCUGUUGCCGGGGGUGGUGGUAUAGCCGCUGCUGCUCCUACCGGAACCGCAAUCGUUGGCAAAAAUGGUCUUGCUUUGUCUUCACCAUCGGCAACAUCCGUUGCCGGUGGUUUCUUCGACGAGGAUGAGGACAAAAAGGACUAAUUUGGGAGCAGCAAGAGCAGUUCCGCCUGAACAACGACUGAUUCCACCAGACCCCGCGUACAGUUAUCUUGAACUCGGUACUAGAUCAAUUAGUGAUAAUAUUUAAAAUAGUGAGCAGCAGAAAUCUCAACAAAGGUGCUGGUAGUAAAAGCUUAUUGGGUGAUCUACUCUGAUUAGGAAGAGUAAGAGCAUCCCCUCUUCUGGCAAGCAAUAUUUAAAUCGAGGAUAUUUUUGUAUACGUAAACUAAAACAUGACCCGGCUGUCACGAAUGGCCGCGGUUGUAAGUCGGACUGACAAUCCCACCUCAAAGAGAGCGGGAAUUACAUCUAGACGUAACAUAACGAUUAGGGAUUCAAAAUCUUAGCGCAAGGAGACAGUAUUUUGGUAAUUAAAACAAAAUAAUAGAUACUAUUCAUCGUUCAUUAGACUAAGGUACAUGUAUCAUUCAUCAUGAAUCAUCGCAUCAUGCAUCGCAGCCAGCUGAUAGAUUGAGCUGAAGGUUUUCAGUGUCACUGCCAAUGAACUUGAAUUGCUCUCAAAAUCACAGCUCAAUCUGAGGGAACUCAUAUUUAACAAAUGUC